AUGUCGGUCCCAGGUAAGAGUCUCGCGAAGGACCUCUUCGAGGACAUGGGCCGUAAGGUCCAGGAGGCUGCUUCCACCAUGACUGAGGAUGGCGAGCCCACCAAGAUCGUCGAGGAAAUUGAGAGUUUGUGCAUGAACUGCCACGAUGAUGGUACUACCAAGCUCCUCCUUACUCGCAUUCCUUUCUUCAAGGAGAUUGUCAUCAUGUCUUUCGACUGCCCGCACUGCGGUUUCAAGAACGCCGAAGUCCAGCCUGCCGGCGAGAUCCAGCCCCGCGGCGCCAAAUACGUCCUUAAGGUCGAGUCGGAGAACGACCUCAACCGCCAGGUUGUUAAGAGCGACACGUGCAUUUUCAGGGUCGAGGAGAUUGAUCUGGAGAUCCCUCCGGGUCGCGGCCAGCUGAGCAACGUUGAGGGCAUACUGAGGAUGGUCCAGCAAGAUCUUGACCAGAAGCAAGAGGAACGGAAACAGGUGGUACCUGAGGUGGCAGCCAAGAUUCAGGAGGUCAUGGAUAACUUGCAGAAGAUGUACCAGGGAGAGAAGUUUCCCUUCACCAUCACUGUGGAUGACCCCGCUGGCAACUCGUGGGUUGAGCCUUCAGUCGGCGAGAGCGGCGCCAAGUUCUCGAAACAGGAGUAUGCGAGAUCACCCGAGCAGAACACAGCCCUUGGCCUGGCUCCUAACGCCGAAGCCACUGGCCCGGUCGAGGCGCCCGAGCCUACGAUGCGCCCCGAGUACCACGCUACGCAGAUGUACCCCCAGGCACCCGAACGGCCCAUGGUCAACAACGUCGACGAUGAGGAGAUUGUUGAAAACCAGGUCUACUCGUUCCCUGCUAGCUGCCCUGGCUGCACCAAGCCAUGCGCGACCAACAUGAAGAUGGUCAACAUUCCCUACUUCAAGCAGGUCGUUCUCAUGUCCACGGUCUGCGACCACUGCGGCUACCGCAGCAACGAGGUCAAGACCGGAGGUGAGGUCCCCGAACAGGGCCGCCGCAUCACGCUCUCCGUCGAUUCUAAGGAGGACCUCUCGCGCGACAUCCUCAAGUCCGAGUCCUGCGCGAUGAGCUGCCCGGAGCUCAGCUUGCUCGUCGAGCCCGGAACCAUGGGCGGCCGCUUCACGACUGUCGAAGGCCUUCUGACCAACAUCCGCAACGACCUGCGGAGCAACAUCUUCGGCGAUUCGGAGGAGAAGCACGACUCGAUCAAUCCCGAGAGCCGCGCCAAGUGGGAUGCUUUCUUCGCUCAGCUCGACGACGCUAUCGAGGGCCGCACCAAGUUCUCCAUCGUUCUGUCCGACCCGCUCGCUAGCAGCUACGUCCAGUCCUUCUCCGCCCCCGAGCCUGAUGCGCAGAUGAAGGUUGAGGACUACGAGCGCACUGCCGAAGAAGAGGAGGAUCUUGGCCUGCGGGACAUGAAGACUGAGGGCUACGAGGAGAAAAAGGAGGAGAACAAGGAGCAGCAGUCCUAA